CUCACAUAUACUUGACCGAGGGCUCAUAACGCCAUAAAUUCGAACAACUUCCCUUUCCCGCGAUCUGUUACAUUUGGGGUGAUACGCCGUGCCUGCGCAUCCACAGUGCACGACUUGACAGCAUUGGUUAGCAUUACUGCAAGCAAUGUUGAAUCUUUAGCCUGGCCAGGCCUGGAUCGUUAGCGUUCCGGUCCGUCACAGCGACAUGUCCUGGCUCAGCAGCUUUCGGCGCCUGCGCCGCAAGGCCAGCAAGGAGCUUGCUGAAUUCCGCCUUUUCCUCAUCGACUUCUUGCUCUUCUCGUUCACGUACUUGCAAAAGUUCUGCUAUGAUUCAACGCUGCCUGUGACGAAAAGGCUGUUUAGCAGGAAGCCGCGACCCCCCAAGGUGCAGGUCAAGGACGUGCGCUGCAAGCGGAUCCGGCUACAGAUAGACUCCACCUACGCCUCGCCCUUCAACGUGGAGGACUUCGAAGUGGAGUGGCGGCCCGCGGAAGCGACAGACCCGCCCACGGAAUGGACUAGCGUGGGCCGGAGCGACCUGACGGCUCGCACUGUGGCGCGGCUUAAGCAGGACACGCCCUACGAGUUCCGGGUGCGGGCCUGGAAUGAGCUGGGGUGCAGCGGCUGGACCGCGCCCGUGCCCAGCCGGACCAAGAUCGACCCCACCAUCCACGACGGCGGCGGCUAUGGUCCGGGCGGACCAGACAAGUCGUACUCGUGGAGCCAGACCGCAACCGAGGUGUGCGUCAGCUUCAAGCUGCCGCCCGGCGCCUCCAAACGCGACAUCGCGCUGUCUCUCAAGCCCGACCGCCUGGGCGUGUCGUACAAGGGCGAGGCGCUGCUGGAGGGGGAGCUGUACGGCAGUGUACGGAGCUGGGAGAACGGCAGCUUCUGGGAGCUGACUAAGGAGAAGGACCACAUGUUGCUGGCUGUGACGCUGGAGAAGCAGGUCAAGUCGCUUGCGCCCAAGUUCGACUUCUGGCGCUCGCUGGUGACGGGGCACCCCGAGAUCGACACGCACCAGAUCGUGUCGGAGGCCAAUCAGCAGUCGGCGCGAAUGCUGGAUCCAGGACAGCUGGAUCCGGUGCAGCUGCAGAACAUGGGCCUGGGGCAUCUCAGCGGCAUGGGCGGCGGUGGCGGCCGGCCCAGCUGGGAUUGAGGGGGUUAACUCUAAACCUAAUCCGUAAGAGAACAGUCGCGCUGCAUGGAGGAAUUGCCGCCGCAUACGCGAACUCCUUGACGUCACUAUUGAGGGGGCUGUCCUGCCGGGGACUGCCGGGGUCUGCCGGGUGGAGUUCUGGAGGGUGGCGGCGUGUUGCGUGCAGUCGAUGUGAUGCCCGGAGUGCGGGGUGGGAGCUGGGUGAGGGUGCGGAGAGCACCGCGGAUUGCUGCAGGGGCUGCGCUGGACGCGGAGCGGCUGCGGGGCGCCGCUGUGGUGCGUGCGUGUGAUGUGUGCAGGGCGCCGCUGUGGCGCGCUAUGGUGCGUGCGCUGUGCUGAGUGCGGUGGCGGGGAGGGGGCCGAGGGUGGUCCGGCUCUUGAUUGGCUGAGGGUGUGGUAGGUCGUGAGGCGGCGCUGCGUGGGGAGGCCUGGCGGCCGAGAUGGCAGACCAACGAACGUCCCAGAGUCCAAUGUGAGAGAGCGAAAGCUUGGCGAGUGAGGCAGACAAUUACGGUAAUUGCGGACUCUAUGGUGGCGACUGGUGGUGACGGGUGUGCGCACACACACAUGGUGCUGCACUGUGUCUUCUAGUUUAGCCCGACACUGUUCACGACGGUCUUGCUUCGCGGUAGCGUCGUAGCGCUUUGCUAGCGGGCGGCUGGCGUUGUGUACAAGGAUGCGCGCAACGCGACAUGACGAGAGCGGUCGAUGAGAGCGGUCAGUUGCUGAUGCUGGGCGGUAGCUAGUGUUGCUCCCUUGCUGGCCUGCAGCCCCGUACAUGCGGGCGCAUCUGGGGUUACGCCCUGCAGCCCAGAAGAGUGCAACACCUGCUGCGUCCGUGUGUGGGGGGUAGGGGCGGCGCAGGCAAUGCGGCGCGUGCCGCGUGGGGCAUGGCUAGAAUGCUGGCGGUGGCGGCGUCCUGCGGCGUGCAGGCAGGACUGGCAGGUGUGUGUGGUGGCGGGCGGUGUGGCGCGACGGUGACCUUGUGACUAACGCGCGCCGUCACUUGGCUGUCGCGGUGGCCGUGGCACCGGUCGCGAUUGCGAUUGCGGCCCUGAUGCUGGCAUCCCAGAACGGGGGAGUUGUAAGUAUCAUCGCAGG